GUGUUCUACGUCUGUUGGAGCAUGAUGAGGAGUAUGUGUUCACUCUGCCCUGUGCCUACGCCCGCUCCAUUCUUACCGUACCCUGGGUGGAGCUGGGAGGGAAAGUCACCAUCAGUUGUGCCAAGAGUGGAUACUCUGCCACCGUUACCUUCCAUACUAAACCCUUCUAUGGAGGAAAGAUACACAGAGUGACAGCGGAGGUCAAGCACAACCCGACGGGGACCAUAGUGUGUAAGGCCCAAGGGGAAUGGAACGGUACCCUAGAGUUCACCUACAGCAGUGGAGAGACCAAGGUCAUCAACACCUCCAAGCUGCCUGUCAUCAGGAAGAAGAUACGCCCCAUGGAGAAACAGGGACACUACGAAUCACGGCGUCUGUGGCAGCAUGUCACCUCAGCUCUGAGAUCAGGAAACAUUGACUCUGCUACAGAGCACAAACACUGUCUGGAGGAGAGGCAGAGAGCAGAGGGCCGACAGAGAGCUGCCUCCAACACACCCUGGACACCCAAGUACUUCAUCAAGGAGGGCGAGGGCUGGGUGUAUCACAACCCCUUGUGGAAGACCCACUGACGAGGGGAGGGGCCUCGGGGGGAGGGGCAACGUGCCAGCUGCCAAUCACAGCACGGCGAGCGGCCCGCUGGUGGUCAUGGCAACACACAGGGGACCAGCUAGCCGGGCCGCUAGAGAAUAGAGGAAAUACACAAGGGGCCUGUGUUCCAAAUGGAAUCCUAUUCUCUAUAUAGAGGACAACUGCAGAAAGAGUGCACUAUAUAGGGAAUAGGGUGCUAAUUUUCAGAUUUGCCCAAGGAUUGUCUUGGAUGAGGAGCUUGUGUCUCAGUCAUUCAAUAAGAAUGAGAGGUGCCAAAGACUCUCAAGAGGGACAGAUACUACAGUCAAGACAGCAAAAAGCUCACUGAGUUUCCCUGUCAGAAGCUGACCUGCUACCACACGAUACAGGAAACUCGGCGGCCAUUUUGGAGACGGACCGGGUCGAACCAGGAAGAGGUUGGUUAGGGACAGAAGAUGAGCGUGAUCGUUGGUGGUCAAAGAUAGCUGAACAAUUAUGUAGCUUUAAAAAAAUAUAUAGUAGAAUCUAAAUACCAGAAGAAUAUAUUAUAUUCACAUGGUUCUUCCUUCACUUUUAAUUUGUUUGCACAGGUACUGUAGCUGUCUCCACUGUUAUUACCCAGUAGGCCACAGGAGGGAUUGUCCUUCCAGCUGUCUCCACUGUUAUUACCCAGUAGGCCACAGGAGGGGUUGUCCUUCCAGCUGUCUCCACUGUUAUUACCCAGUAGGCCACAGGAGGGGUUGUCCUUCCAGCUGUCUCCACUGUUAUUACCCAGUAGGCCACAGGAGGGGUUGUCCUUCCAGCUGUCUCCACUAUUAUUACCCAGUAGGCCACAGGAGGGGUUGUCCUUCCAGCUGUCUCCACUGUUAUUACCCAGGAGGCCACGGGAGGGGUUGUCCUUCCAGCUGUCUCCACUGUUAUUACCCAGUAGGCCACAGGAGGGAUUGUCCUUCCAGCUGUCUCCACUGCUAUUACCCAGUAGGCCACAGGAGGGGUUGUCCUUCCAGCUGUCUCCACUAUUAUUACCCAGUAGGCCACAGGAGGGGUUGUCCUUCCAGCUGUCUCCACUGUUAUUACACAGUAGGCCACAGGAGGGGUUGUCCUUCCAGCUGUCUCCACUGUUAUUACCCAGUAGGCCACAGGAGGGUUUGUCCUUCCAGCUGUCUCGUUAUUACCCAGUAGGCCACAGGAGGGGUUGUCCUUCCAGCUGUCUCCACUGUUAUUACCCAGUAGGCCACAGGAGGGGUUGUCCUUCCAGCUGUUUCCACUGUUAUUACCCAGUAAGCCACAGGAGGGGUUGUCCUUCCAGCUGUCUCCACUGUUAUUACCCAGUAGGCCACAGGAGGGGUGUCCUUCCAGCUGUCUCCACUAUUAUUACCCAGUAGGCCACAGGAGGGGUUGUCCUUCCAGCUGUCUCCACUGUUAUUACCCAGUAGGCCACAGGAGGGGUUGUCCUUCCAGCUGUCUCCACUGUUAUUACCCAGUAGGCCACAGGAGGGCUUGUCCUUCCAGCUGUAUGAUGUAUGUAAGAUCCAAGGAUCUAUGAUUUGUCCAUAAUUAACACACAACACCAAACACACUGUUUAGUGAAGAGUCUUCCUUCAGCCCUUCUGUUCUAUGAUGUACAGUAUAUAUAUACCGGUUAUGUAUGUUUGUCACACUUGACUUGGACACUGUUCAUAACACAAUAGCCCAGUAUAGAGAACAGCGUUUCCUUCAGCCCCUCCAACAGCGCACAAUGGAGAAAUGUAAUCAGAGGUGAACACUGCUACAAUGUCAAAGUCAAAGCCAUUUCUCCAGCCCACACCAGCAAUCUUCAGUAUUCACACACUAACGUUGGAGUGAUUGGAACCAGGAAGUAGCCUGGUGCUCCAGUCUGUUUGUCCUUUUAUAUGGCCGAACCUUGAAGAGAUCUUUAUAUGGCCGAACCUUGAAGAGAUCUUUAUGUGGCCGAUCCUUGAAGAGAUCUUUAUAGGGCCGAACCUUGAAGAGAUCUUUAUAGGGCCGAACCCUGAAGAGAUCUUUAUAUGGCCGAACCUUGAAGAGAUCUUUAUAGGGCCGAACCUUGAAGAGAUCUUUAUAGGGCCGAACCUUGAAGAGAUCUUUAUAGGGCCGAACCGUGAAGAGAUCUUUAUAGGGCCGAACCUUGAAGAGAUCUUUAUAUGGGCGAACCGUGAAGAGAUCUUUAUAUGGCCGAACCCUGAAGAGAUCUUUAUAUGGCCGAACCUUGAAGAGAUCUUUAUAGGGCCGAACCUUGAAGAGAUCUUUAUAUGGCCGAACCUCGAAGAGAUCUUUAUAGGGCCGAACCUCGAAGAGAUCUUUAUAUGGCCGAACCUCGAAGAGAUCUUUAUAGGGCCGAACCUCGAAGAGAUCUUUAUAGGGCCGAACCUCGAAGAGAUCUUUAUAUGGCCGAACCUUGAAGAGAUCUUUAUAGGGCCGAACCUCGAAGAGAUCUUUAUAUGGCCGAACCUUGAAGAGAUCUUUAUAGGGCCGAACCUCGAAGAGAUCUUUAUAUGGCCGAACCUUGAAGAGAUCUUUAUAGGGCCGAACCUUGAAGAGAUCUUUAUAUGGCCGAACCGUGAAGAGAUCUUUAUAUGGCCGGACCUUGAAGAGAUCUUUAUAGGGCCGAACCUUGAAGAGAUCUUUAUAUGGCCGAACCUUGAAGAGAUCUUUAUAGGGCCGAACCUUGAAGAGAUCUUUAUAUGGCCGAACCUUGAAGAGAUCUUUAUAUGGCCGAACCUUGAAGAGAUCUUUAUAUGGCCGAACCGUGAAGAGAUCUUUAUAUGGCCGAACCCUGAAGAGAUCUUUAUAUGGCCGAACCCUGAAGAGAUCUUUAUAUGGCCGAACCUUG